CUCGCCAAGAAGCGCGAGUGACGUCGCGAUGUCCACGUUGCCGUCGUCGUCGCGGCGUCAUUUCGGAUGACUUUCACCAGGAGUAUGCAAAAAAGAGUUUCCCAAUUGAAUAUGUAAGUAUAACGGAGCGGACGUGGCGGUGGUAAGCGCGCGGAGAUAAUUCGCCUAGAGAGAUACACGGAUGUUCCUCCACGUCUCUGUACUUUAAGCGACGAUUGUGACGUCGCGGAGAUUGAGAUAAUUUUGCCUGGCGAUUCUGAGACAAUUUCCUGAGACAAUUUCGUUGUUUAAGGUACCGGAGCACACCAUAUGUCGCACGUGUACAACACGCUAAUUGCUAUUUAAAGCUCUACUCGUGGCCGCUGAUGAUGCGACGACGAUCCGCGAGAAGCAAGUAAAUCACAUUCGACUCGUCGUGUUCACCAACGUGGCGCAUUAUCCGCAUGUGUGAUGCUGGAUUAAAGAACCUCAUGCCUAAGCUCGACGCGGAGCGCUUAGAUGACUUUGCUCGACGCGAGAUUGCGGACGCGAUCUGGCCACACAGCUGCGACGGACAUGGACUUCUUCGUCGGCGUGGAUGUGGGAACGGGAAGCGUCCGAGCGGCUCUGGUUACCUCGAGCGGGAAAAUAAAGAGGGUGGCUACGUGCCCGCUCGAGAUAUUUCAUCCCGCGCCGAACUUCUACGAGCAAUCGUCCGAUAACAUUUGGAGCGCCGUGUGCCACGUUGUCAAGUCGGUUGUGGCCGACAUCUCCGCAGAGGAUGUUAAAGGAAUUGGAUUCGACGCUACUUGUUCAUUGGUGGCUGUGGAUGAAGCGGGCUCACCGGUAACAGUUAGUCCUACAGGCGCUAAUUGUUCAGGACAGGAGAAACAAAAUGUCAUACUGUGGAUGGAUCACAGAGCGCACGAGGAAGCUGACCUUAUCAACUCUAUGGUUCACGAUAUACUGCAAUAUGUAGGCGGCAAAGUUUCCCUCGAGAUGCAAACGCCGAAGAUGCUGUGGCUAAAAAAGAAUUUACCCGUUUCUUGGAACUCGGCAGCGCUCCUGUUUGACCUACCAGACUUUUUAACGUGGAAAGCUACCGAAUCGGAAUCGCGAUCGUUGUGUUCGUUAGUAUGUAAGUGGAACUAUAGCGCCAAUCCCAAUGGUAGAAACGGAUGGGAUGAAGAUUUCUUUGAACAGCUCAAUUUACGGGACCUGAAGAAAGAUAAUUGGAGAAAAAUAGGUAACGAUGUAAGGGUACCUGGUGACGCGAUUGAAUCCGGACUGUCGGCGAAAGCCGCGGCAGAAUUGGGAUUACUGAAAGAUACACCGGUUGGGACCUCGCUGAUCGACGCGCAUGCCGGUGGUCUCGGGAUGAUCGGAUGUUACGCGUCGGAUGUGUCCCCGAAUUUCUCCAACCGAUUGGCUUUGAUUUGCGGCACUUCGACUUGUCACAUGAUAGUGAACGAAAACAAGAUAUUCGUAAAUGGCGUUUGGGGCCCGUACUACAGCGCGAUGGUGCCCGGUUUCUGGCUCAACGAGGGAGGUCAAAGUGCCACUGGAAAAUUACUCGAUCACGUUAUCGACACGCACCCCGCGACGCCGGGAAUCCUGAAGACUUUGGGCGGCAAUAAACACAUUCAGCAAUACUUGUCCGAAUUGUUGCACGUUAUGGCUGAGCAGAAAAAUCUGCAGAAUGUGUCGUAUCUGACGAAGGAUAUACACGUGUGGCCGGAUUUCCACGGUAAUCGUUCGCCUCUUGCCGAUCCAACGCUAAAAGGAAUGAUAUCCGGAUUAUCUUUAUCUGUGGAUGAGGAGAAUCUAGCGUUAUUAUACUUAGCAGCGGUGCAGGCACUAACGUACGGUACAAAGCAUAUAAUCGAAGUCCUAUCGGCGGCCGGUCAUAAUAUAGAAAGUAUAUUGGUUUGCGGUGGACUCAGUCAGAAUCCACUAUUUAUCCAAAUACAAGCCGACGUGUUAGCGUUACCGGUUCUCUGCCCCGUGGAGCGAGAAUCGGUUUUGGUAGGCGCGGCGAUCCUCGGUGCAUGUGCCACGAAAAAAUAUUCCAUGCACGAGACUGUCCAGAGAAUGGCGGGAUCGGCGAACAUAGUGAAACCGACGAGCGAGUGUUACAAAUAUCACUUUCGGAAGUAUCGCGUAUUCAAGAAAAUGGUCCAAGACCAACAAGAAUACAGGAAAUUAAUGAGUGAAGAAUUAUAGCCUAUUCUUCCGUUCCUUUAGCCUAAGCAGAUUAAGAAUAGACUGUUUAACAAAUGUUUUUAUUAAUUGGGAGAAGUCUGAGUGAAGAUGAACAAUCUGCGAAUACUCGAUAGAUAUUCAGAAAGAAUCUCUGAAGCGUUUAGAAUGCGUACAAUGUAUAAAUACUAGAGAUGGGUUUAAUAUUAUAGAAAUUUAAAGAUUCGGAUCGAGGAUCUUGCAAAGAAACAAUAUUCCGCUGGAAAGUAUCGAUGUCACAUCUGAAAUAAUAGGUCUGUUCGUUUUCGUUGCGCACUUCUGAACUAGUGCGAUAAGUUGGAAUGAAAAAACAUAUAUUUGUUUCAUUCUAACUUAUUGCACUAGUUCAGAAGUGCAGUGAAAACGAACAGGCCUAUUAUUUCCUCUAAUAUGCAACGCGUAAGAACAAUUGAACAUACUUACUGUAACGUUAAUGUUGUUUAUGACAGUAAUAGUUAUAAUGCACAGUUUUCGAUUUACUACGUCGCCCUUAUAAUGCAAUCAUCAAUGAUCUAAAGUGCUGAUAUAUAAUAUUGAUUUAAUGUAGUAAACUUUGCGGCGAUGAAUGUUCCUUUGCAGUCGAUCUAAUUCAUCUUGUGAUCUGAAAAAAACAGCGCCGUUAUUAUAUACUUUUAUUUUCAUUUAAUUUUGAACUUCUAUUUUGUAAUAGUAGAAAAAUAUAUGGGAAUUUAUAUGCCGAAGAGAUGUUAAUUCAUGUACAACCACAUUGCCACACAGGUUCUCCAUCUGCAUUAUACUUUAUAUUGUGCAUAGAUAUUUUUCGCUACAAAUUAUAUUCUAGUAAUAAAUUCCUCUAAAGAACAAUA